GCUCAGAGGGCUGGAGUUUGCUGGCUGAUAGUUUCCCUCGGAGUGUGUGAGAGUGUUUGAGUGUGAAUCACUGGCCAUUUUGCCUUAUUGCUGGACAGAUUUCUCUUCGGUUUGGCCACCAUGAAACUCCCAGCACUGCUGCUGGUUGCCCUGCUCGUCGUACAAAGCUUGGCUUUCGAAUUCAUUAUUGAUGGAGAAUGGGAAGAUGAUGUGUCAGAUCAUGAUCAUCUUAAAGAAAGUCCCAGAUUCAGAAGAAACGUAUUGAUCAGUGAAGAGGAGGAGGACUUUGAGGCUGUUCGUGGAGAUGAUAUCACGGUUAAGAGCUAUAUGGUUGAGAGCAGGAUCACAUCACGGUUUGCUUACACCACUGUUAGGAGCUCGGUGGUGAACUCAGGGCCCAAUGCACAGAGUAUCGGCUUCAACGUGCAGAUCCCUAAACAAGCCUUUAUCAACAACUUCACCAUGAGUGUGAACGGGAUCACAUUUGUCGGCUCAGUCAAGGAGAAAACUGUUGCUCGUAACCUUUACGCUCAAGCCAAAGCCCGUGGCAAAGCUGCAGGCAUAGUCAGGACUAACUCUCAGGCCAUGGAGACUUUUAAAACGGAGGUCCAUGUACCAGCGGGCAGUAAGGUGGAGUUUGAGCUGCACUAUCAGGAGAUGAUGCAGAGGAAACUGGGUUCCUACACACACACUCUGCACAUACAGCCAGGUCGCCUUGUGCCCCACCUGCAGGUUGAUGUUUACAUAUAUGAGCCUAAAGGCAUCCAGUUUGUGGAGGCACCAAAUACACUGGGUGAGCAUUUUAAAGACCUGACUAAGAUUACACACACAAGGGAGAAAGCCCAUGUGGUGUUUAAACCUAACCUGCAGCAACAGCGCAAGUGUAGCACUUGUACAGAGAGCGCUGUGGAUGGCGUAUUUACUGUCCGAUACGAUGUGGAGAGGGAAGGCAAUGCAGGAGAAUUGCUGGUGUCUGAUGGACAUUUUAUUAAUUUUUUUGCGCCGUCUGAACUCUCUUCUCUAUCCAAAAACAUUGUGUUUGUAAUCGAUGUGAGCGGCAGCAUGUGGGGCCUGAAGAUGAAGCAGACAGUGGAGGCCAUGAAGACUAUUCUGGAAAGCCUGACUAUGGAUGACUCUUUUAGCAUCAUUGACUUCAAUCAUAACGUUCGUUGCUGGAGUGAGGAUCUGGUCCCAGGAACCACUAUACAAGUGGAAGAGGCCAAGAAAUACAUCAAUGACAUCAAACCGAAUGGAGGCACCAACAUCAACGAGGCUUUGCUGAAAGCAGUGCAGAUGCUUGUGAAGGCACAAAAUCAGGGCUUGAUCGAUCAGCGCUCCAUCUCUAUGAUCAUCCUGGUGUCUGAUGGAGAUCCCACAGUGGGAGAGAUAAAGCUUAGCACAAUUCAGAAGAACGUAAAACGUGCCAUGCGUCAGGAUUUCUCUCUCUUCACUCUCGGCAUCGGCUUUGAUGUGGAUUUCGAUUUUCUGGAACGCAUUGCCAUGGAAAACAGGGGCAUGGCCCAAAGGAUCUUUGCUAAUCAUGACGCUUCAGAGCAGCUGAAGACCUUCUACAGCCAGGUGUCAUCACCUCUUCUGAAGAGUAUUACUAUCCAGUUCCCCGAGGACUCGGUUACGGACGUCACUCAGAAUCAGUUUGACAAGUUCUUCAAAGGCUCAGAGCUGGUCGUUGCUGGCAAACUCAAGCCCAGUGGGUCACCUACAUUGCAGAGCUUCACCACUGCCUCAGCUGCCGCCAUUGACCUAAACAUUGAGGCAGAAGCAGACCUCCAGGAACUUGACGCGCUGCUCAGCCAAAAUCAGCAUUCAUUUGCUGGCUUCGCCCGCCAGAUGUGGGCCUACAUUACUGUCAAACAGCUGAUGGCCGAGCGCUCUGUGGCACCUUCAGCGUCAAAGAAGAGGAAAAUCACACAGCGGCUUAUUGCCCUGUCCGUGGAGCAUCAGUUUGUCACUCCUGUUACUGCUUUACUUGUGGAGAGUGAAGACGACCCUGCUGAAAGACUGCUGGCCGACUCACCCAGGGACCCGAGACAUGGCUGCUGCCUUGGCGUUAAUAGUGUACCUGUUGUCCACAGGCCGGAUAAACAAGUGCUUGUGCACGGUAAUCCUCCUACAUCUCUUCCUCCAUGGGCAGUCCUUAGUGUAACACCAGGUCCGAGCCAAGUUAAAGGAGAGAAGGAGACAAUCACUUCUGUGGAGAACGACCCUCACUUCAUUGUGCAUUUGCCCCAAAACAACAUGGACAUCUGUUUCAACAUCGACUCCAAGCCGGGACACAUCCUCAACUUAGUGUCCGAUCCUGGAACAGGGAUUGCAAUCAAUGGCCAGUUGGUGAGUGGGAAGAAAAUGAAAAACAACAAACUGAACACAUACUUUGGGACCAUCUCCAUCUAUGCCAAAGCAGAGGGGUUGAACAUUGUGGUGAGCCCCAGCAGGAUCGACCUGAUAGAAGGCAAAAAUAAUCAUUCGUUUUCCUGGGGAGCCACAGCUAAUCUUAUAUUAAAGAGUGCAACAGUUUCCAUUGUGAAGGAGAACAAGUUGACUGUGACAAUUGAUGGGAAGAUCUCAGUGAUGGUGCUGUUGCAUCGUGUAUGGAAGAAACAUCCAUUUAAUGUGGAUUUUCUGGGAUUCUACACACCCAGCACUAACCAGUACUCCUCCCAGGUCCAUGGUCUGAUCGGGCAGUUUUCAAACGAGCCCAGCGUUAAGGUGUAUGACCUACACGAAGGAACAGACCCCGAGAAGAAACAGGCCACUAUGGAAGUGAAGGGGAACAAGCUCACGGUCACCAGGGGCAGGCAAAAGGACUACCGGUGGGAUAGGAAGCAAGGCACGGAUGUGUAUUGCUGGUUCAUCCAUAACAGCGGGAAAGGCUUCAUUGAUGGCCAUUAUACCCGCUAUAUCGUCCCCAACCUGGACAGCUUCCUCCCCCCUGUUUGAGUGUGUACAAGCGUGUUAGCACAAGAAAACUGAUCAGGGUCGGUACACAUCAGAUUUUAAACGAGAGAAGUUGUAUAAGAAAAUGUAUUUUUGAAAUUAUAAAAGAAAACUGUAUAGAAGAAAGAAAACUGCAGCAACGACAGGUGCUUUACAUACAUACGUACAAAUUCCAUGAGAAACAUAAUGUGACAUGUUCAGUGUAAAUUGAUCAGGCUUCCUCUGUAUAAUUCUCAGUGGGAAUCCAUUCAGAUAUAUUCUGUCCUUAUAAUCAAGUACUCUUAUUACAGACAAUCCUGAUAUUACCUAAUAAAAUCAAGGAAAAAUAAAA